AUGGUUGAUGUGCGGUCUUUGCUCCGCAGCGAGCUUGCAUCUCGAGGGUCGUCUACACAGAGUGGGAGCGCUGGAACAAGGGUAACAAAAAAGCGCAAGAUAGAGGGAACUGACCACCCCAUACCUUCUAUACACAAGAAGUCAAGGCCCACGACACCUGCUCAUGCUCAGACGCCAGAAGAAGACGAUAUCAAGGAAGCGACAUUAAUCGAGUCGAAUCAAGGCGCAGAAGAUGUCGCAGAGGAAGAAAACCCCGGCGUUAACAUUCCCGACAUCGAAAUCGACCGGCAGGAUGCGAACAGUCCUAACGAGCAAAAGACCUCGAUGAGGGUUGGCCCAUCACAGAUUCCAGAACCUGAUCAAACAAUCAAUGAAGAUGAAUGGGCAGCCUUUCAACGCGAUGUUGUUGCGCCUACUCGUAUUCCACAAGCCCCUGCCAUCACUGCGGCGCCCGCGACUAUUUCGGCAGCUCCCAUCACAGCUGAUGAACUUGCUGUUCAGCAGCAAAAACAAAAGGAGGAGCAAGCUAGAGCACGGGAGGAAUAUGUUGAAGGAGAAAAAGAAGACGCCGCUCGACUUCUGGAAGAAGAAUUCGAGGAAAUGGAGCAAUUAGAAGAACGAGUCAAAAGAUUAAAGGCGAAACGAGAGGAACUGAGGGCACAAAACUUGACGGACAGUAAUGGCACUACUCUUGAAGACGCGCAAGAACCUACGCAAUUGGACGGCGAUGAGAGUGAAGAAGUCGAUGACGACGCGGAUUGGGACGAUUGGAGAUUUCGGUAA